CUCCACACCUCACGUUCGCUCUUCAUCGUUUCCUUCGCUGCGCCCGACGGCCCCCAGUCGGUCUCGCCCUCCGUAACGCCGCUUCCGCAGUGCUAGAACAAUCUGCCCAUCGAUCCCCGUCUGAUCGACAGUUCCGAAAUUGCGAGUGGAGAGGUCGAGGUCGAUUGUAGGUAUUAAGGUCUUUUUUUCUGCUGUUGGAAGGGAGCUCGAUCUUUCCCACACCUUCCUCGACUGUUCAUACCCUAGGGUUGGCAAGACUUUGACGCCUACAUUUCACGCUCAUCUUCGAGCAAGAAUUGUCUACACACUACAGUUUGUGUAGUACGCCCUACUACCAACAUGAGCUCCGCAGGAGGCAGCAGCGGUGGUCGUGGAAAGACCAAGGGCUCGAAGGCCGUCUCUCGGUCCCAAAAGGCCGGUCUGCAGUUCCCCGUUGGACGAAUUGCGAGGUUCCUCAAAGCCGGCAAGUAUGCAGAGCGUGUUGGAGCCGGCGCCCCUGUUUACUUGGCCGCCGUCAUGGAGUACUUGGCCGCUGAGGUGCUUGAGUUGGCUGGAAAUGCUGCCAGAGAUAACAAGAAGACCAGAAUCAUUCCACGUCACAUCCAGCUUGCCGUGCGGAACGACGAGGAGCUCAGCAAGCUGCUUGGGUCUGUGGUUAUUGCUAGUGGAGGAGUUCUGCCGAACAUUCAGUCCUCUCUGUUGCCGAAAAAGUCUGGCAAGAGCAAGGGUGACAUUGGAAGCAUGUCCCAGGAAUUCUAGAUCCCUGUACAGUCAUUGCAAUUUUUUAAAGCACUUCGAAAUUUCAAUCUUGAAGUUGAGAAGUGCCACUGAGUAGAGUAGGACUCCACACGGGACUACAGGUGCGUGCGUUUGCUGGAGUUAAUUACUACGUAGAAACAUGUAGUUGCCAUUGGGUGGCUACGUGUUGUACUCAAGGUAGUUAGUUCCUCCUAUACAGGAGGCGGGGUCCUUCUGAAAUGGCUCAAUGUCACCGAUGUAUCCUUCUGAAUUAUGGGGUUCUCUUAUCAGUAGUUGGAGAUAUCAGGACCUUCGUUAGGUAGGAAGUCCCUUACAGUACAGAAUGGGAACUUUAAGUACUUGACUGGUCUCAAGCAAUGUGCAGAGGCCAACUUCUCUUUCCCUUGUAAAGCGCUUUGAAUUUCAGCCAAACUCUUUUUUUGUAAACUUUCUUAAGGAAACAAACAAAUUGCG